AUGGUAGAACAGCAGGGAAGUAAACGGAAACCUCCUGUCAACAGACCCUCUCCCCGCAAAAAAAUUAGAAACACAGUGUCAGAUUAUGAACCUCCGAGAGAGUCAUUUAUGAUAGAUAUGCCAGAUGUUAGUUGUGAUAUGUCAAGCCAAACAGAAGAAAGUUUUUUUGACUCACAAAGCAAAAUCGAAGCAUUGCAGAAGGAAAAUGAACAACUUAAAAAUGAUUUGUUGCACAGAACUGUAUCUAAGAAAUGUAAAUUUGUUGAACAUGUGCUUUUGUCAGACGGAGCAUGUAACCACUACACUGGCUUACCAAAUGUUAAAGUUUUCAAAGGCAUACUAAUAUUUUUGAACACUGGUGACAAUGGAGAAAAUGUGGUAUUAUACAACAACCAACAGGUCAAAGGUGAUUCACAGAGAGGGAGACCCCGAAUGCUAUCCCCUUUAGAAAGUUUUUUGUUGACCCUGGUACGCAUUAGAAGAAACUUCGAUAUUUUUCAAUUAUCUUAUAUCUUUCAAGUUUCUGAAGCUACAGUCACCAAUACAGUGUUGACUUGGAUAAAUUAUAUGUACGUUAAAUUUGGAUCAAUAUGCAUAUGGCCUACCCGACAGCAGGUAAAAGAUGUAAUGCCAAAAUCAAUGAUGGAAAAAUUUCCAAAUGUACAAUUACAAAAGUCACACUACAGUAAAAGUUCUGGUUGGAAUGCACCAGGGGGUGGCUUCACUUUUAUAUCCUCAGCCUUCCCUGGGAGCAUAUCUGAAAAAAAUAUAGUAGUGAAAAGUGGAAUAUUAUACCCAGAACUCUGGAAGCCUGGUGAUGCGAUCAUGGCAGAUCGAGGUUUUUUGAUAGCAGAAUAUGUGAAUCCAAUCGGUGUGGAGCUGAUAAUACCAUGUUUUUUGAGAGGACGAGAUCAGUUCAGUGAAAGCGAAGUUAUUCAAAGUCAACAAAUUGCCGCUGAAAGAAUACAUGUCGAAAGAAUGAUAAGAGAUUGA